AUGGAUUGGAAUAACCUCAAGGACACGGUCGCUAGUAUGACCCUGUACGACGUCAAGGCCGGCGUUAGGAAGGUCCAGAAUGCCGUCAUGAACUACACAGAAAUGGAGGCCAAGGUCCGCGAGGCGACCAACAACGAACCUUGGGGCGCGUCUUCGUCACUGAUGCAGGAGAUUGCCAGCGGCACCUUCAACUACGCUACGCUCAACGAAAUCAUGCCCAUGAUCUACCGCAGAUUCACAGAAAAGUCCGCCGAGGAGUGGCGGCAAAUCUACAAGGCCCUCCAGCUCCUCGAGUUCCUCAUCAAGCACGGCUCCGAACGUGUCAUCGACGAUGCCCGCGGCCACAUCACACUGCUGAAGAUGCUGCGUCAAUUCCAUUACAUCGACCAGAACGGCAAGGACCAGGGAAUCAACGUCCGCAACCGCGCCAAGGAACUGUCCGAACUCUUGAGUGAUGUCGAGCGGAUCCGGACGGAGCGCAAGAAGGCACGAGCGACCAAGAACAAGUACAUCGGUGUCGAGGGUGGUGGUGGUGGUGGCUUCUCCAGCGGCAGCAGCAGCCGCUACGGCGGCUUUGGAAGCGAGUCCGGUGGCUACGGGGGCUACUCUGGCGGUGUCUACGGCGACGGCGGCGGUUUCGGUGGGCAGGAGGCCAACGACUACGGCAGAACGCAGGCACACAACGACAAGUUUGAGGAAUAUGACGAGUUCGACGACGAACGCCCGGCUGCCAGCUCCUCGGCGUCUCGUUCCAAGAGACCCGAGCGAGCGGCGGCGGCCCCCAAGGCCGAGCCGCCCAAGAAGAAGGAGCCCGAGGUGGACCUCUUCUCCUUCGACGACCCCGCGCCCUCCUCGAUGCCCGCCCCUGUUGUCGCCCCGACUCCCUCCACCGGCGCCGGCAUCGUGUCUCUGUCAGCCCCGUCUGCCAGCAACGACGAUGACGAGUUCGAUGACUUCCAGUCCGCCGCCCCAGCUCCGGCCCCCGCAGCCGCCACCCCGCUCUCUCCUCCCGUCAUGACCGCCAACUCUGCCACAACCUUUGCCGCUCCCCAGCCCGUGUCGGCACCUCAGCAGGCCAACAUUGGCAACAUGGUCAGCAUGUCCUCCAUGUCUCCCGCCCCGAGCGCCAACUACUCGGCGUUCAGCACUACCGCUGUUGCCUCUCCCGCAACACAGGCCAAGCCCACUGCUUACCAGCCUUCGGGACCCAACUACUUCAGCUCCGUCCCGGCUGCAGCACCCCAGGCAGCUCGUGGCUCUCUCGCAGCCACCCCUGGCGCGGCUGUACCAAAGGCAGCCUCUGCGGCCGCGAAGCCCAGCGCUGCUGGCGGCGACGCUUUCGGCGCGCUGUGGUCGCAGGCCAGCUCCGGCGUGAAGAAGACGAGCACGCCCACCACUGGACCUGCCUUGGGCCAGCUCGCCAAGGAGAAGAGCAGCGCUGGUAUCUGGGGUGCUCCUGCUCCCGCGGCCUCGGCACCAAAGCCCGCCGGCGGCUCAUCCUCGACCGGCGGAAACCAUGGUUUGGACGAUUUGCUCGGCUAA